GCGCUUCUUCGAUCAGACGGUCACGGACCUCCCCUUCUUCCUCACUCUCGAGCCGACUGAUCGUUCCGCGGCGUCUCGUCGCCACCGCUCCUCUGCACAUUUCGAUGUGAUGGAGACGGGGUACGACUUCAUUCUCGGCACUCCGUGGUCUCGUCGGUUUCGCAGCACCGACGCCGAUUCGGCGACCAACACUCUCGUUCUCAAAACGAAGUGUGGACAGACGUAUCGCGUACCUUUUAUAGGUACCACUGCGAUACCAUACCCCGAUCCUCCUCCCCCAGAGCCGUCAGUGCCCACACCAUCCCCCUCGAUCACCGUCACCUCGCCUUGGCAAUUCGCUCACUUCAUUCGACAGGGCGAUGUCACCUUCUUUAUGGUGGACGUGACGGAUCUCUUACACUAUGAUCCACCUUGUCCCGACUCCGAGCUCAUCCCUCUGGAGCCAGAUCCUCCCUCUAUCUCCAUGGCUCCCAUCUCUACUUCCGUCCCUCCGCCGUCCGUCGAGUCCACCCCGCCAUCGGGUGCUGACGUUGACGGUGAGGAACUCGCACGAUAUACGGCUGACCUGGAGCCUGCAAUCCGUGACCUCAUCCGAGAGUACCACGACGUUUUCCCAUCGUCGUUCUCGUACGCCGGCAUCCCACCGAUGCGUGACGUCGAGCACUUCAUUCAGCUUGUGCCUGACUAUCGUGUUCACCACCAGGCACCCUACAGACUCUCGAUUCCCGAGGCCACCGAACUCAAGCGUCAGCUGAAGGAGCUCCUAAGACUGGGUUUCAUUAAACCCAGCAACUCCCCGUGGGGUGCACCCGUCAUCUUUGCUCGCAAAGCGGAUGGAAUUCUCCGUCUCUACAUCGACUAUCGCGGUCUCAACCGCUACAUGGUUAAGAACAACUACCCCUUGCCUCGUUCCGAUGAGCUGUUCGACCGCCUAGCAAGCAACCGGUUCUUUACGAGGAUUGAUCUUCGUAGCAGUUACCAUCAAAUCCGCGUCGCUGCAGCCGACCAGCCGAAGACAACGUUUCGAUCGCCCUUCAGCCACUACGAGUUUACGGUGAUGCCAUUGAACGACAUCUUCAGGGACAUCCUGGAGCAGCACAUUCUCGUCUACCUCGACGAUAUCCUGGUCUACAUUCGUACCCUUGAGGACCACCUCAGACACCUCCGCGACGUCCUUGACCGCUUGCGCAGACAUGGCUUCUACGCCAAGCUGAGCAAGUGCCGCUUUGCCUAGCACAAAGUGGAUUUCUUGGGACACUACGUGUCUGACCAGGGUCUCCACAUGGACGACGCGAAGAUCACUGCUAUUGCGGAGUGGC